AUGACUAUAUUUUCAUCAAAGAAACCUUCAAAUAGCAAUAAAGAUUUAUCAUCAAAUUCAACUACACAACAACAACAACAACAACAACAACAAUCAUCAUCAUCAAAUAUUUCCCGUGCACGUUUAUCACGUGAUGAUGAUAAUCCGAAUAAUAUUCAAGUUAAUUCAACUGAAGAAUCUAAUUUAGUAUGUGAAAAUAAUCUUCCAUCAUCAUCUUCAACAACAAAUACAAUUCUAACAACACCAGCAGCACCUGCAUCUAAACGUAAAUCGCACUAUUAUCAUCAAACAACAGUUAAACAAGCUCGUCGAAGAGGUGCUUCUGUUGGAGAAAAAUUAAUCUCAAAUGCUUCAAUAACCAAUGUGACUUCUAAUAGUCCAUCGUCGAGUUUAUCGAUUGAAAAUAAUUUAACAUCCAUAUCAAACACAAAUGAACUUUUAACACAAACGUCAACGCCAACACCAUCCCUAACAACCGUUGCUCACGAUGAACAAUGUAACAGUGAAGAUGAAUAUGAACAAACAUCCGUUAAAUAUGAUACAAAUAAUCUCAAUGAGCUUGAAAUGCGGUUUGCCAGAGCAUUGAAAGAGAAAAAAGGCUUUGUUAUUAAAGCAGUUCAAGAAGAUGGCGCAUGUUUAUUCCGAGCAGUGUCUGAUCAAGUAUUUGGUGAUGAAGAAAUGCAUGCAACAGUUCGACAGAAUUGUAUGGAUUAUAUUGUAAAAAAUGCAGAUUUUUUCCGUUCAUAUAUAACAGAAGAUUUUGAUCAUUAUGUAAAUCGUAAACGAAGGCAAAAUUGUCAUGGAAAUCAUAUUGAAAUGAUAGCCCUAUCAGAAUUAUAUAAUCGACCGAUCGAAGUUUAUGAAUAUAGUAUAGAGCCGAUCAAUAUUGUACAUGGAAUGUAUAAAACAGAUAAUGAGCCUAUUCGUUUGAGUUAUCACUGCGGUGUUCAUUAUAAUUCAAUUAUUGAUCCGUGGAGACCUACAGCUGGUCAUGGUCUUGGAUUACCUGAUCUUCAGCCAGGACGUGCUCAAGAAUCACUCAUACGAACAGCCCUACGUCAAUCAGAAGAGAGUCAUAUUGAGCGUGCUAUGCUCGAUGACAAAAUAGCUGCAACUGAUUGGGAAGCAACACAAGAUCAAUUAAUACAACAAGUAGCAAGAGAAUCUUAUUUACAAUGGUUAUGUGAUAGUAAUCAACAACAUAAAGAUAACAAAAUGAUGCCAUCUUCCAGUUCGUCACCGACAUCAGCAACAACCCAUGAACGAACUGCAAAUAGUAAUCACGGAAGUUCCCCAAGAAAUUUAUUACCGUUGAGACUUGAUGAAAGAAAAGAUUGUGAAUUUGCCUUACCAUUUAAUUAUGAAUGUGAUCCUUCAUCAAAACCUAAACUGGACGAUGACGACGAUGAUAAUUCAUUAUUGCGACAGGUUCUUGCCAUAUCACAAAUCGAAUAUGUUGAAACAUUAAAAAAACAGCAAAAACCUCCGAAAUCAGACGAUCCCAAUGGUCCAUCUUCGUCUUCAGACACACAUCUUUUGUAG